AGACGUGAUGUGUUGACUCCUCGUGAGCUGCAGGCCGUGGCGACGGCCGUGUCCACGAUCGUUCUUCGAUGCCAGCAAGAGAGGGCGCUGGGGCAACUGAAGGAGCAGUUGCGCGCGCAUAGACGGAGGAAAUUGACGCAAGAUCCGUGCGAUGGGGCCGAAUACGUGGCAAUGUCGGAGGCUGUUGUUCAGUUGUGCCACGUGUUGGGUUGCGGAGUGACACCACGUGCGACACCGCGGUGGUGGGUCAAGCGCAGGAUAGGAGGCACGUGGGAAGACCUCAGGCAAUGCGACGACACGACAGAUGACUACUUCCGGGAUAAGCUUCGAAUGUCGUCGCGAGUGUUCCGGGAAAUCGCGGAGGCGUGUGCGCCUCAUCUUCAGUGGCGGGUGRCGUUCUACAGGGAGCCUUUGCAGCCGGACCAGAUUGUGGCGUACGCGCUGUAUAGGUGGGCUUCAGGGGAGACAUACGAGAGCAGCACGUGCAACUUCUGGAUUGGACGAGCUUCUGGCCUGAUUGUCGCCCACAACGUUACUAUCGUGCUGCUAAGGGUGUUCGGAGAGAAGAUCGCGUGGCCGACAGGAUUUCGUAAACUCGUCGUUCUGCGUGCGUUUGCUGAUGAAGGGUUCCCCAACUGCCACGGUUGCAUUGAUUGUACUCACAUCUACGUUGUCGUCGACCUGGACUUGCGUGUGCUGGACGUGCACAUGGGAUACCCAGGUAGUUGCCACGACAUCAAGGUGCUGCAGUUGUCCAGCCUGUCGCUGCGCGCAGAGGAGGGGUCGUUGUUCCGUGGUCCCCCCGUGACACUGCCGUUCGGUGUGAAGACGAACGGGUACGUUCUGGCGGACAAUGACUACCCCCCUUCCGAAUGGAUGGUCGUCCCGUAUGGAGGCAUCAAUCAGCACGUCGACGAGGAGCGGUUUGACAACAAACAGAAGGUGGCGAGGGGAGCGGUGGAGAGGGCGUUCGGCAGGCUAAAGGGCAUGUGGCGGCUGUUUCUGCGGACACACAAGACAAACCUGGAGACGCUCCCGCAGCAGUUCACCGCCGUGUGCAUACUGCACAACAUGCUGAUCGACGCUGGAAUCCCCUUCGACGAGAAUCUGCUAUGGGAGGUCGACGCUAAUGGUGUGCGACGACGUGUGGACCUGGGGAUCAAAGAGCCCCUCCAGCCUAUGUCGAUGAUGACGUCGACAGACGAAGCGUUGGCGCUGAGGGAUGCUUUGGCGGAGUGAUUGAAACACGAUUGAGUCGUGUUUCAUUCGUGGACGGCAGCGCGUGGAAGUGCAUUCAUUGCAGCAAUGGGCGG